CCGUCGAUCUCACCUUGUUCGCUUCUUCCCAUCCUCAACGCAUUCCCGCGAUUCCGUGUCCGAUGAUGAUCUAGUGAAAAGCGGUCGUCUUCCCGUAUGCGAAUUGUCGAAAUCCCGACCGAUUCAUAGUCUCCUCCGAGCUGCGGAGGAAGAAGCGAUGGCGUCGAAGUUGCUUCAAUUGCAGAAGAAGGCAGCUGAGGCGACUGGGUAUGCGGCGAAGCAUGGGAAUGCCUACUACAAGCAGUUGAUGGAGCAGAACAAGCAAUACGUUCAGGAGCCGCCCACUGUGGAGAAGUGCCAACUGUUGUCCAACCAGUUGCUUUACACUCGUCUUGCCAGCAUCCCUGGUAGACGUGAGGCAUUUUGGAAGGAAGUGGAUUACCUCAAGCAACUAUGGAAGAACAAGGAGGAGCUGAACAUUGAGAAUGCUGGCAUAGCUGCUUUGUUUGGUCUUGAGUGUUUUGCCUGGUUCUGUGCCGGUGAGAUUAUUGGAAGGGGGUUUACUAUCACAGGAUAUCAUGUCUGAGAGAUAUUGCUUUGAUAAUAAAGGAUCUACUACUUUCAGUUUAGAUUUCCAUAAGUGGGUGAGUUAGGCACCGAUAGGGUUUCCAGUGCGAGAUUUUUCUUUUAUAUACUUUGAGCUUUGGUAUAGACGAAUCUUUGCUGAGGCACUAACCCAUAACUUUAGUCUUAUGUACCCAUCUCAAAUUGAGUUGAUUCAUUUCUUUUC